UGGGAAGUCUACUGAAAGGAAGUUAAGAAGAAAGUGUACUCUCUAAAUUUUAUUAAAAUUACUAAUAAUGCAAGAAGACAAAAAUGCAAUUUUUCAAAUGCGAUUCCCACAAAAGUUGUGGUAUCUACUAAAUAUGCGAACUGAUGCUAUUUUAUGGGGCGGUACUGGUCGUACAAUUCUUCUAAAUUAUCGCGUUCUUCAUAAUUACUUGCAAUGUGAUCACUCUAUUUUCAAAACAACAAAUAUUUCUAGCUUUGUAAGGCAAUUGAAUUUAUAUGGUUUUCGUAAAGUUACGUCCCAUUUACAAGACCCACUAUGUAAUUCUUGUAACCCGUACAUGCAUGAAUAUGUUCAUGAUUAUUUUCAAUACGGCAGACCAGAAUUGUUAAAUAAAAUAACAAGAAAAGCCCUAGCAAUGAGAAAAAACUUUAAGCCUAAGAGUAUUUACAGCAACACAGACCCACUGCUUUACCUUUCUCCUCUACAAAAAGCGCGAAGAGCCUUACGUGAAGCGCUAAAGAAGGCUGCUCAAGAAUUAUUUGUCCAGAAUUCACCAAAACCUCUAUACAAUAUUAAUUUCGAAUGCGAAGAUCCUCAAGAAGAUUUCUGUGAUAAUGAGGAAAAUAUUGAACUUGAUUGGCUGAUAGCAAAAAAUUUUGAUAAAACAACAGAACAGCCUCAACUACCAGCCAAGAAGAUUGAAUCAAAGGACAAGUCCCAAAUUAUUCAAACUGGGGAUACUGCCAAUUUUGGGAAUCCCAGUCAGGAGGAUAAUUUUAUUUCUUUCAAGGACGACUCAAACCAACAGAACAAUGAUUUUCCGGUGCAGUUCUUGAGCAUGCCGGAUUUAGACCCAGAGCCAAAUGACAAAACUGGUGAUGAGCUGCUUGCUGAAUUCAAUAUAGAUGCCCAUGAAGGAAUGGGGAGAGAUGAUAAAGAAAAUGAGCAUGGCUCAUUGAAUUGUGUUCUACCAUCCAUUAGCAGUGACCCUAAUGAUGAUGUCACUAUGACUGAGAAGGAGAAUGAAAAUUUAGACCAGUACAAUGGAGAGUGGGACCAAAUGUUUAGUGAUAUAAUGAUAAACAGAGGAAAUAACCAAGAAUGUGGUUCUGAUUUGAAGGAACUUUACUCACAAAUUUCCAGGACCAUUGACUUGCUAAAUGAUUAGGUAACUGCUUAUAAAACAAACAUGGUUAAUUUUUACAAAUUUAAUGUUAAAAAGAUGUUAAAGUAAAUAAUAACAUUAGUUUAUUUAUUA